AUGGCGUGGUGUCGGCCGCAAAUCGAGUUCGAAAAGGAAAUCUACUUUCCGGGAGAGGAGGUGACCGGCCGAGCAUGGGUGGCAACCACAAAAGACAUGACCGCCCGAAGUGUCAUCAUCACUUUCUCCGGAAAAUCCGUUUCUUCUUGGCCCUCUGACGGGUAAGUAAGAGCAUCUCAUCAGCUGCGAGUAGAGAUAUCAAAAAGUUAACCACUUUUCGAUAUCUCCACUGGUAGCUGAGAUAUAUCUUCCAGCAAGUUCCGCCCGGUUGAGACCCCCUACACUGGCGUCCGAUCCGAGCAGGUCCACGUGAAAAUGGAGCACGAGGUGUGGUCGCCGACGGACGAGAACAACGUGUUUCCGGCGGGCGAGUACGAGUGGGCGUUCCAGUUCGAACUGCCGAAGGAGUGUCCGCCGAGUUUCGAGGGCAAGUACGGCUUCAUCCGCUACUCGGUCCACGUGAACAUCGACGUGCCCAAGUGGGUGGACACGCAGGCGGAACGGGCGGUCACCGUCUCUCCGACCAUCGAUCUGAACUCUAUUCCCGGCGCCGGCGAGCCGGUCGAGCUCCACGCGGAGCAAAGUGCUCAGAUCCUCUGCGGAUGUCUGCCGAUUCGACCGAGUUUCUUGAAGAGAGGAAGUGUCUUGUUCACGGUGAACUCGCCGACUCUUGGCUACGUCUCCGGCCAGACCAUUUCCGUGUCGGGCCUCGUCGAGAACAAAACGACGAAGCCGCUCAAGGCGAUCUCGGCGACACUGAGCCGCGUGGCCACCUAUCGGCAGCAGCUCGAGACGAACGCCGUGAUCAUCAGCGCUCUCCGCUCGGGUGUUCGCACCGAGAAGUGGGACAUCGAGGACAAGACUGAGGUGUGCUUUUUGACUUUUCCGCUGAAAAUGGACGACUUUAAGGUUCAAACUGUAGUAAGUAGGGCACCCCAGUGCCGGAAGAGAUAUCAAUAAGUUUUCAACUGGAUAAAGAAAGACAUUGUGCACAUUUUCACAGUUCAAAACUCUUUGAUAUCUCUCCAAACAGCUGAGAUUAUGCUUUUUAAUUUAAUAAAGUAAAAGUACCCAACAUAUUCCGUUCCCGUUCAGCGAGUCCAAGUGGCUUCGGGUCUCUCGCACGACUUCAAAUUCUCGUUCGAAAUCCCGCCCGUCGUGGCCACGAUCCGCAGUUCCAAGUACGUCGGCCUCGAGUAUUUCGUGAAAAUCACUGCCGAAGUGGACUCCUGGUGCAUGGACACUUCUUCCGUCCAAUUCAACUUCAUCCUCGGAAACGUUCCCUUGCUGGUUCCAGGCAGCACAUCUCGUGAGUUCCACAGUAAACCUUGCCCUUUAAGUACAAUAAUCCUUAUCUUCAGUGCCACCUCACACUUUCGAAAAAGGCGACAAGGCGGUGAGCUGGGCGAUUCACUUGAAACCUGAAUACGUGACUCAAUUUCCGUACUACGGAAGUGAAGCGAAGAUGGAACAGUCUGACUGA